AGUCAGGGCACAGGCCAGAAGGUGGGUGAGGGAAUGCAUGCCGCGGAGGUGGCGUCUGAGAAGCCGUGACAGGCGUUUCAUCGCCCUUUCCCAAGGUCUUGCUCAACUCCAACUGAGUAACAAGACUGUCAGGCUGUCUCACUUCUUGACAGCAGGCCCCAGCCUUCCUGGCUAAAGCCUACUUCCUGUCCCUGAGUCUCCUGUCAGACGUGACGGAUUCUCGAUCUUCCUGUUGACCUGCUUUGUUCCAGCUGGCCCCGGGUGGGCCCCAGAUGCUCCUGUGAACCAGAGGACCCAGGACCAGGCUUUCUUGAUCAUGGAUGGUGAAGAUAUACCAGAUUUUUCAAGUUUAAAGGAAGAAACUGCUUAUUGGAAGGAACUUUCCUUGAAGUAUAAGCAAAGCUUCCAGGAAGCUCGGGACGAGCUGGUUGAGUUCCAGGAAGGAAGCAGAGAAUUAGAAGCAGAGUUGGAGGCACAGUUAGUACAGGCUGAACAAAGAAACAGAGACCUGCAAGCUGACAACCAAAGACUGAAAUAUGAAGUGGAGGCGUUAAAGGAGAAACUGGAGCAUCAGUAUGCACAGAGCUACAAGCAGGUCUCAGUGCUAGAGGACGACCUCAGUCAGACCCGGGCCGUGAAGGAGCAGCUGCACAAGUAUGUGCGCGAGCUCGAGCAGGCCAACGAUGACCUGGAGCGCGCCAAAAGGGCAACAAUAGUUUCACUGGAAGACUUUGAACAAAGGCUAAAUCAAGCCAUUGAACGAAAUGCAUUCUUAGAAAGUGAACUUGAUGAAAAGGAAUCUUUGUUGGUCUCAGUACAGAGGUUAAAGGAUGAAGCAAGAGAUUUAAGGCAAGAGCUGGCAGUUCGGGAACGACAGCAGGAAGUGACCCGGAAGUCUGCUCCCAGCUCGCCGACUCUGGACUGUGAGAAGAUGGACUCUGCUGUGCAGGCUUCCCUCUCGUUGCCCGCAACGCCUGUAGGGAAAGGAACAGAGAACAGUUUUCCUUCACCAAAAGCUAUACCAAAUGGUUUUGGAACCAGUCCACUAACUCCUUCUGCUAGGAUAUCAGCUCUAAACAUCGUGGGGGAUCUCUUGCGGAAAGUAGGGGCUUUAGAAUCCAAGUUAGCAGCUUGCAGGAACUUUGCAAAAGACCAAGCAUCCCGGAAAUCCUAUGUUCCAGGGAGCGUUAACUGUGGGGUAAUGAACAGCAAUGGCCCAGAGUGCCCAAGGUCAGGGCGUGCUACUUUCUUCCAUAAAGGGGCAGUAAACGGCUUUGAUCCGGCUCCUCCUCCUCCUGGGCUGGGCUCCUCACGCCCAUCGUCAGCACCGGGUAUGCUGCCUCUCAGUGUGUGAGUGUCCGGCCUCCAGGGGGGCCCCUGCCCUCUUCCAGCAGCCCACAACACCUACGCCUUGUCCCUCGGUGCCUGGGUCCAGCCCUGUGCCCCUGUCUGCCUUUCCACCGCUGGCAGAGGGCAGGCUGCAUGCCGUGGCGGCCGCUGGGCCCCGCCCCGCCCCAGGACUCUGCGCGAUAUCAAUACUGGCUAUUUUCUCUUCUCGCCGUAGUGCCGUUGGUUUCACAUGAUUGCACUUUUUGUGGGUUACAAGUGAUACAUAUGUGUAUCGCUCGAUUACUGGAUGUGGAAGUACCCGUUCAUCACACCUGCCUCCAAGCCCCAUUUGCUGUGCGAUAGGAUUUAGUUAUUUAACCAUUGCAGAUCUUCUAGAAGUUUCCCCUCAAUCAGGUUGACAAGGCUUGCUCCUGCCGGGCAUCUUCAGUGCUCACAAUCAUGUGUCCCCCAACCUCACCCUGCAGUUCAGGCCUGUUUCUGGCAGAGUCUCUGAGUUAGGGAGCAUUGUCUGUACCUUCUGACUUUAUGUACGCAGUCUAUUCCGUUGCUUGCUUUCCAGAGCAUUGAGAUGUGUGUCUAAGCUGCAGGAGGCACGGGCAGCAGGGCACCCUGGGCAGUCCAGGGCCCAGCCUCUGUCAAGGUUGCCCUCUCCUCUGUGUGCCUCAGACUCAGAGGACGCAGGCGGCAACCUUCCUGCCAGCUCAGUCACUGAACAUCUCAGAGCAUUUUUGGUUUCUCCUCUGAGGGUCCGUCUAGAUGCAUCCGGGAAGGGUUGAGGGGCCUGAUUCUGUGGUUGGCCGGUGCCAGCUCGUGGGGGGCAGACUCGCCAGAGGGGUUUGUCCCUUGCACCCUUGAUUAUUCUCAUGCUGCACUUACUGUUUACAUUUGUUUUACUGUACAUAGGUUUGUAAACAUUAUUGCCUAAGAUAUUUGUAUAUAACUUGGGCGUUGUAGCUUUUAUUUAUUCAGACUCAUAUGGCAUGUUAAUGACUUAUGAUGGUGUCCUACUCUGGGCAGCUGUAUAGGAUCAUCAUGUGGUUUAAAGAAGAUACUUCCCUCCAAAAAAAUCUUUUAAUGUGGAAACAAUAAAUUUCACAGAAAAAAAAAGGGUCAAGAUUGCUUUAUUUGGUUCCUGCCAUCCCGUGAGAGAAGACAUUUGAAAGGCAGUUCAGUGUGUCUUCUCCUACAUGGGAUGUGAUGGAGAACAGGUGUAAAAUAAGACAAUUGAGGCCUCAGGAGAGGCUUUAUUCACACACACUGCUAGCCUUGUACCAUCUCCAGGAGCAGCCUGAGGAUGGCCCAGCCCCCACGGGAUGGUAGAGAAAAGCCAGGCACGGAGCACUGUAUGGGCCCAGGAACUGGCCUCCUGGUUGCCCUGCACAAGCGAGAGCGGAAGGUGCUGGGAUGAGGGGAAUUCCGUGGGCAUGGGCUUCUUCUCAUCCUUUUCUUCGGUUGAUGUUGCAAGUGAGACAAGCUCCAGGUGCCACGUUGAGAGCAUAAAUGUGACGUGUGCUUGACCCUGCCUGCGGCAGCAGCACAAACAACAGUGUAUCUCAUAGCUUAAAGCAGGUGUGCGGACUGUGGUGCCAGGGGCAGGUGAGUCUCUGAGUUCAAGGUCGAGGCCUCCCUGUUCCAGGACAGCCAGAGACCCCGUCUCCACCCCCUCCCCCCAGAUGAAGCCAUAAAACAACAAAACCAUGUGAAUGAAAGUUCAGGGAGGCAGACUCCUAAGUGAAUAGGAAGCAGUGAGUAAGGUAAGGUUCAAACUUUCUGUUAACAGAAGACGCAUCUGUUGUUUGUUCUUGGAGAGUUCACCCCAAGCUGACUUCACCGAGAGGCCCCUGCAGCCACCUGACCGGUGCAAGGCAGUCUUAACUGUCUCACUGAACGCUGGCAUUCUGUGCCUAACAGCCCCUGGAAGGAUGGAUUAGGUCAGAGGUUUGAGCAGUGAGCAGACCGCUGUUUAUGUGGCAGCCUGACCUAACAGAUGAGGAGCAGCCUCCUGUGGUGCAGGCAGGCUUGAGCCAGAGUCCCCUCCGGCUCCCUGGGCUUACCCAGACCGCUCUUCAGCUGCUGUUCUCAUCAUUGGGGGUGGGGGUGGGGGCUAGGUAGGGAUGCUGCUGCUGCUUUAGGUCCAGGUCCAGCAAAGCAAGCAGUGGGUGUUAUCCUUCCGGGCUUUUGGUGGGAUAGUGUCCGUUUGGUGGGUUUUUAUUUUUAACCUGUAGCAGCCCUCUCCACAUGACCUUUUGUAGACACUGGUCUGUGAGGCCUUUUCUUUAGCACUCCAUGAACUGGGUGGUUCAGGAUACUUUGUGCUUGCUGGUCUAAGCCUUUAAAAGUUGCCUGAGUGUCUGCUGUCCUGGAGGGUGCCUGUGGCCAGGCUGUUGUUGAAUCCCUCAGGGCUGAGAAACGGUUGAGCUGGGUCUGUGCUUCAUUCUCUUGGAAGACCUGAUCUUGGUGUGCCGCAUCCCCCCCCCCCCCCCCCAUGUCUUCCUGACCAAGUAGAAGACAGGGUCCCGUUUCUUCUUGGCUCAGAAUAACUGGAAACUGCUGGCUAAGUCAGCUGAGGGGCUGAAACCUAAUGUGAGCAAGGCCAGGCCUGGAAAGAGGCCAUUGCCUUUUUCCGCCGUGCUCUCUUCCCACAGCGGAGGCCUAGCAACUUGCUGUGUGUGUGGACCUGGGCUGUUUCUGCUUCCUCUGCCUCCUGGGCUCUGAGCUUUAUAGAUGUGAUUCCCUGUGCCUGGCUUAAGGAGGCAGAUGUAACAAGGCAGAUCUGGUAGCGCCUGUGCUGGGGACCCGAUGGGAUUUGUUCUGUUUCAUGAUUCUUUGUCCCAUCUGCACCCACAGGAAUUCUGCUAGCGUUUCCUGUCAGCUCUUUAGGAAGCCUUCCCUGAGGCAGACGUGACCCAGAGGAAUGAAGUUUAAACUUUUCACUGGCCGAGCAGUGUCAUGCCCCGCUGCCUUCUCCACUAAGAUGCAGUACGUAGAUCCUGCCGGGACUGUGGUCAUGGGUGGAUGCCCGGCAGGAGGGCGGGGCUCAUUUGUGCUGGGCUGCCAGUGUGGGCUGAGUAAAGACAACCUUUGAGUGACACACCUGAGUGUGAGGCUUAGUGGCCAAGCCUGCUGCACUGAAGGACGGAGAUGGGAGACAUUUAUCUUGAUAAGUUUUAGCUAGGAAAAAAACUGAUCCCACUGUGUAGGGAAGACAUUUUAUUAUAUUAUUCUCCAUGUCUUAAUCUAGCCUAAUAGUGGGAUAGCCAUAUCACUUUUGGGAUAAUACCUGAUGAUAUCAAGAAUAUGAUAAACUUCAAUAAAGUGCAAUAAAUGUCA